AACACUGCCCGGUCCUGAGCCAUCCUCACAAUUGUUAUGCUUGAGCUCAUUGUUGCAGCCACUGUGUCAGUCCACCUUGUUAAGGGUCUUCCUCUUUUCCACUGACCCUGCACUCUGCACUCUGCCAAGCAUGAUGUCCUUCUUGAGGGACUGAUCUCUGAAAUUUGCUGUCAAACGUUGAGCAGCUAAAGCAAAAGGAAGAAUUGAUGAAGUAAAAGAACUGAACAGAAAAUUGCAAAGGGUGGCUCAAGAAGACAGUAUUAUAAUGACACGUGCAAAGAGCUGGAAAUGGAAAAGCAAAAGGGAAGAACAUGCUUGGCAUUCCUCAAGCUGAAAGAACUGAAGAAAAAAUCCAAGCCUCGAGUUGCAAUAGUGAAGGAUUCUAUGGAAAAAAUAUUAGACGACGCAGGAAGCAUCAAAAGAAGAUGGAAGGAAUACAUUGAGUCACCUUUUCUAGAGAGUCCUUUUUCUGGUAUUGGAACAUAUAAACCUCGGGUUCGAUGUUACGACACCUACCAGUUAUCCUUGAAGUUUGAAAGGUGUUUAGAUUCAGAAGUUGUCACCUUUGAAAUUUUAUCUGAUGACUAUUCCAAGAUUGUCUUCUUACAUAAUGAUAGAUACAUUGAAUUUCACUCCCAACAAGGUUUUUACUACAAAACCAGAAUACCAAAGUUCGGGAGAGAUUUUUCUUACCACUAUCCAUCCUGUGACUUGUACUUCGUUGGUGCAAGCUCGGAAGUUUAUAGAUUAAAUCUAGAGCAAGGACGGUACCUGAAUCCUCUACAAACUGAUGCUGCGGAGAAUAAUGUUUGCGACAUAAAUUCUGUACAUGGCUUGUUUGCCACUGGUACGGUGGAGGGUCGAGUGGAGUGCUGGGACCCAAGAGCUCGAAAUAGAGUUGGCCUCCUAGACUGUGCAUUGAGUAGCGUCACAGCAGAUUCAGAGAUAAACAGUUUACCAACAAUCUCAGCUUUGAAAUUCAAUGGCGCCUUGACCAUGGCAGUUGGAACAUCCACAGGGCAGGUUUUAUUAUAUGAUCUUCGAUCUGAUAAGCCAUUGCUAGUUAAGGAUCACCAGUAUGGUCUGCCCAUUAAGUCAGUUCGUUUCCAGGAGUCAUUAGAUUUAAUUUUAUCUGCAGAUUCUCGAAUUAUCAAAAUGUGGGAUAAGAACUCAGGGAAAAUAUUUACUUCCUUGGAGCCAGAACAUGACAUUAAUGAUGUCUGCCUCUAUCCCAACUCAGGAAUGCUUUUUACUGCCAAUGAAACCCCCAAGAUGGGCAUUUAUUACAUUCCGGUUUUGGGUCCUGCUCCCAGGUGGUGUUCCUUCUUAGACAACUUGACAGAAGAAUUAGAAGAGAAUCCAGAAAGCACAGUUUAUGAUGAUUAUAAAUUUGUCACCAAGAAAGACCUUGAAAAUUUAGGGCUCACACAUCUCAUCGGAUCACCUUUUCUCCGGGCAUAUAUGCAUGGAUUUUUCAUGGAUAUAAGGCUCUAUCACAAGGUGAAAAUGAUGGUGAAUCCAUUUGCUUAUGAAGAAUAUAGGAAAGAUAAAAUUCGACAGAAGAUAGAAGAAACACGGGCACAGAGAGUUCAAUUAAAGAAAUUGCCAAAAGUUAACAAAGAGCUGGCACUGAAGUUAAUUGAGGAAGAGGAGGAGAAGCAGAAAUCUACAUGGAAAAAGAAAGUUAAGAACCUUCCUAAUAUUCUCGCUGAUGAUCGAUUUAAAGUUAUGUUCGAGAACCCUGAUUUCCAAGUAGACGAAGAGAGUGAAGAAUUCAGGCUUUUGAAUCCACUUGUUUCAAAAAUUAGUGAAAAAAGGAAGAAGAAACUAAGGCUUUUAAAGCAGCAAGAACUUCAUGAACAAGAAGAGGAAGAACCGGAGGGAAAACCGAGUGAUGCAGAAAGUUCUGAGAGUUCAGAUGAUGAAAAGGACUGGGUUGAAGAGGUCAGGAAACAGCGCAGACUUCUCCAUCAGGAGGAAAAAAUGAAGCGGCAGGAACGCGUCAAAGAGGACCAGCAGACAGUACUAAAGCCCCAGUUUUAUGAGAUCAAAGCAGGAGAAGAAUUCCGAAGCUUCAAAGACUCUGCUACAAAACAGAAGCUGAUGAACAAAACCCUUGAAGACCGUUUGAAACUUGAAGCAAAAAAUGGGACAUUGAAUAUAUCAGACACCACUGUUGGCAGCAAACAAUUGACGUUCACAUUAAAGAGGUCUGAACAGCAGAAGAAGCAACAGGAAGCUGAGAAACUGCAUCGACAAGAGAGGAAAAAGCUUCGCCGUUCAGCCAGUCACCUGAAGUCAAGACACAAACGAGGACGGCCAUUUCAUUGAAUUUGAAAAUGUCCCCACAGAACGCCGGUGAUCCCUGAGUGUGAUUUGGAAGGAGCACGUCACUGCCGUAUUGAUUAUCACUAGGUUAUAUUAAACACAGAGAAAGGGACAUACCUUUUUUAAGUUCCAUGUAUCUUCUUGAUACAUUCACAGAGGUAAAGACUUUAUAACUUGUCUCUAUGCCUUGUGGAUUGAUCUUCGAAGACUGGGCUCACACCAAAUAGUUAUUGCGUAGUUCUUGCUCCCUUGUAAACACUGCCUCUUUUUCCCUCGUUUUAAUCGAGGAAACCAGGUUAUUACUGUUUUUUAAUAUUGGGAAAUGUGUACAGUGAAUUGAAAGGUUUAUCCUGUACUGAAAAGGAAGAUUUAUCAUGUGCUAAGAACUUUUUUUGCUGCAGUGCCUACCGCCAGUCAUGGUUAAGCCACAGAGAGACACCGUGGCUGUUGACUGUGUAUAUCGGCCAUGUUUGUGUUUAUGUUUUAAGAAUGUGGUGAUUGAUUGUGUUAGUUUCAGAUUUUUUUUUUUUAAUUUUUAUACCAAGAAUAUUAUUUAAUGGUAACAACAGCCUAAAAAAGGAGCCCUGGUGGUACAGCAGUUAAGUGCACGGCUGCUAACCAAAAGGUUGGCGGUUCAAACCCACCCAGAAGCUCUGAGAGAGACCUGGCAACCUGCUCCCGUAAAGAUUAUGGCCUAGAAAACCGUCUGGGGCAGUUUUGCCCUGUUAUGUGGGGUACUGUGAGUUGAAAAUCAACUUGACAGCACACAACAACAAUAGCCUAAAAAAGAGAUGGAAAUUACUGGUUAUUCUUUUAGCAUGGCACAGAUAAACUAUAGGUUUUUGCCAUUUCUUAAGUGCAAAUAGAGAUAAACUGGCCAGAAAUAAAUAAAUACUUUUCAUUUGAAUAGCCUCUUUGAGAAAGACCCAUUCUUUGAGUUAAUUUGGAAGUUUGGUUUUCUUAGUUGCUCAGAUAUUAAUGUGCUUUUGGGGGUGCAUUUAUAGACUUUUUUAAAGUUUCUUUACAUACAACUCUCUGAACUGUAAAUGAUAGAAUCUUUGAAACUGUAAAUGAUGAAGCUGCAAAAAGGUAGAGUGCAUUAUUACUAAAACCAUGCUGUGGAACAUGUAACAGGUCUCAUGAACACCUAGAUCCAGGGCUUCAAGUUUAAGUCACAUCUACUUCUCCUUUCUUUCCUUUCCUCUGUCAACAUCGUUCCUUAUUUCUUCAGGUCUCUGCUUCUCUCUGGGUUGCAGUCAGUCCCUUUCCCCCAGGCUUUAUCUCUCCCUGCCCCCUGCUUCUCCUGUGCGGUCUGGCUUGCUCCACGGGGCAGGGAACAGCUUGGGUCAUCCGUUCACUCCUGUGGUCUGAGAGAUAGUGUCUCUUUCCACAAAAACUAUAUGUGUUGUGCAUGUGUGUGGUAUGUAGAAUAUAUGUAUGUGAGUGUGCCCACCCACUGCCAUCGAGUCGUGUGUGUGGUGAUAUAUCUGUGUGUGUGUGCAGGCAUAGUAUCCAGAAAGAAAUUCUUGUUAUUCGGGGAGCCAACCCAAUUUGUGUUGUGUUAACAGAUUAAGUCCUCAAGUUAUUUAAAUCUCUGGUUACCAACCGUUUUCCUUUUUCAGCUUCUUAUCCCCUAAAAUCAUAUUCGUGGACCACCUCUUCCCAAAGGAAGGUGCCUUGGCUUUCAUGUUGCUUUCUUUUCUCUAUUUCCCACAUUCCUCCCUUAAGGAAGGAGAAUAUAGAAGAAAUCAGAGAGGGAUUUGGACUGACACUCUGCUGCCUGGAAUUUUUUCCCCAAGGGUUGGGUGGUUAUGCUCUAGUCUAGACUUAUGUCCUAAGAUAAGGUCUUCCACACCUAUACCUGGUUUCCACGGCUCCUUCUUUUCUUCCUUCUUUGGGGGGACCUUGUUUCGUUAGGAGCCAGUAUGCUACAGUGUUAAAUUCCAUUAGCAGUGCUGAAGGGUAAGAGGAGGACUUAAAAAACUAGAAAGUCAGACCAUCCCCAGAUCAAGGAAGAAUCAAAAAACACCCAAACUCCUUUUUGCUGUCGAGUUGAUUCCUACUCACAGUGACCGUGUAGGACAGAGUAGAACUGCCGCGUAGGGUUCCCAAGGAACAUCUGGUGGAUUUGAACUGCUGACCUUUUGGUUAGCAGCUGAGCUCUUAACCACUCUGCCACCAGGACUCCUGAGGAAGGAUCAAAAAAAAAAAAAAAAAAAUUUUUUUUUUUUUUUUUUUUUUUUUUUUUUGAGGAAGGAUAGUACAGAUGAAUUCUGGAUACUUAGUGGGCAGAGCUUGGGUUUUGAAACCAGGCAGACCCAAGGCAGAAUCCUAGCUCUCAUUCUUGCCAUUUCUCUGUUCUUUAAAUAUUUAAUCUCUUUGAGCCUGAUUUCCCCAUAUAAAAUGAGCCAAAUACUUAGUUUUUUCAGGAUUUGAUGAAAUGCAUUAGGUAAAGCACCUAGCAAGUGCUAGGCAGUGGGUACUUAGUUAUUUCUCUCCAGUCACCCUUACCCUCAUCCCACAGCUCUGAACUCAACAUAUUCUUUAAUAUUGAGGGGUUUUCUUGAGAGCGGAAUUAACUCCUCAGGUUCUGUUCUGGGGGUUCCUGAAAGGCAGAUGGAGAGACUAAGCUGAGACCAUGGCAGAUGUUCAGGAAAUAUUUGCUGAAUAGAUAGAUGCAUGAAUACUUCUUUCAGGCUCCAGCCGUCCUUCUCACUGGCCAGAUUUUUCUAGUUAUUGGUCCCUUAAAACAGACCUACCUCUUCAGAGUUAAGACUCCUGCUACCAUCCUCAUCUUUCUCUGAAGUCUCCUGUUUAAAAAAAAAAGUCAUGCAAGCUUCAUAUUCCACUCCAUAAUCUUUCUGUGUUUGUGAUAUACUACUUAUCAGGUACAGGAACGACCAUGUUUCUCCUAUAGCUCUGUACUGGGAAAGUGCACCCAGGGGUAUCAUGAGCUAGUAUGGGAAGCACAGUCUUAAAGAUGAUGGCUUGGUUUUUACCUCGGGACCGCCCUGUCUUAGAUCCCCCUCAUUCUCUGAAAACUUUUUUUUUUUUUAAUGCCUAAAUACUUUUUUUCCUAAAACAGAAGUUGUUAUCAGAAGUUAGGAUAGUGGUUCCUUCUGGAGGGAGGAGAUCGUGAUUGGGAGGAGACAUAACAGCAUCAUCCAGGACUCUGGUUAGUUCUGUCCCUUAACUUGGGUGGUGGUUUCACUGAUGAGUUCACUUUGUGAGCAUUCAUUUUACUACUACAACUUAUAAAUCUUUCUAUUUUAUGUUAUACUUCAGUUUAAUACUUCUGUUGAAAAAGAAUAUGUACCCGUUACAACAACUCUACUUCUAUCUAGUCCCCCAAGAUAACUCCUUAACAGUACAAGGUCUAUCUUUUCAAAUAUUUUUCUGUUCUGUUUGUUUUGGUAAUACAAGUGGGAUCGUACUAUAUAUGCUGUCGCUCAACUUGAUUUUUAUAACUAAUAAUAUAUUGUAGAUAAUUUUCAAAGUCUGUAAAUACAUAUACAGUCAUGCAUUGUUUAACACCCACAAUAUGUUCUGUGAAAUAGGAUGUUAUGCAAUUCGGGUGUUGUGUAAACACCUAGUUUAUCUAAGGUUUCCACAAAUUCCUUUGCUGCCUUUGCAUCAGCACUUGCAGGCUCACCACUCACUUUCACGUUAUGCAGUGCAAAACAUUGUUUGAAGCUCUUGAACCACCCAGAGUUAGCACUGAGCUUGAUACUGUAGUCUGGUCCUGUUUUUUCUUUAAGCAUCUCUGUCUUAGUUAUGUAUCCUGCUAUAACAGAAAUACCACCAGCAGAUGGCUUUAAUGAAGAGAAAUUUAUUCUGUCACAGUUCAGGAGACUAGAAGUCUAUAUUCAGGGUGCCAUCUCCAGGGGAAGGCUCGCUCUCUGUCAGCUGUGAGAGAAGGUCCUUAUCAAUCUUCUGAUCUAGGAGCUUCUCUGUGCAGGGACUCCAGGUCCAAAGGACACACUCUGUUCCCGGCACUACUCCCUUGGUGAUAUGAGGUCCCCUUAUCUCUCCGCUUGCUUCACUUUUUUAUAUCUCAAAAGGAAUUGACUUAAGACACAACCUAAUCAUAGUCCUGCCUCAUUAACAUAACUGCCUCUAAUCCUGCGUCAUUAAUAUCAUAGAGUUGGACUUACGACACAUAGGAAAAUCACAUCAGAUGACAAAAUGCUGGACAAUCGCACAAUACUGGGAAUCAUGGGCUAGCAAGUUGACACAUAUUUUUGAGGGGCACAAUUCAAUCCAUGACAUUCCACCCUUUGGCCCCCCAAAAUUCGUGUCCUUGCCACAUGUAAAACACAUUCACCCCGUCAAUAUCAUACCAGAACUAAUAAGUCAACUCCAACUUCAAAAUCCAAAAAUUUCUCUAUAAAAUCGAAAAUACAAGUUACCUGCUUCCAAAGUACAAUGGUGGAACAGGCACAAGCUAGACAUUUCCAUUUACAAAUGGGAAAAAUUGAAGGGAAAGACAGCAUGACAGGCGCCAAGCAAGUCAGCAGAGAAUGCAUUACCUUAGCCCUCAAGGCUUGAAAAUAACCCUCUGUUCUCCGAGACCAUUUACACACUGGCCCUGACCUCCAGACUCUGGGCUUCAGCUCCACCUUCUAGGCCCACUGGAAUGGCAACUCUUCUCCCUUGGCUUUGGGCAGCCCCAUUCUCCUAGUUCAUCUGAGUGGUGACUCUACCCUUUGAGACCCCAGAGGUCGUGGCAGCUCUGCUUCCUGUGUUCUUUGUCUCUUCUGCUUCCUGGUUCCUUGGCCCCUCGAGCCUCACCACCCACGUCUCCCCUUCUGGGGCAAGUGUUCCAAAGGUCUUUACCAAACCAAAAACCAAACCCGUUGCCGUUGAGUCGAUUGCGACCCACAGUGACCCUAUAGGACAGAGUAGACCUGCCCCAUAGAGUUUCCAAGGAGCACCUGGAGGAUUCGAACUGGUGACCCUUUGGUUUGCAGCCAUAGCACUUAGCCACUACGCCACCAGGGUUUCUGAAAGCUCUUUAGCUCCACCAAUAUGUGUCUGGAGGCACCCCAUUCCACCAGUAAACUUUGGCAGGAAGGCACUCAGCUCUCUUGUUCCAGCUUUCUUGCUCCGUGGGUCAGCAAGCCUAGCUCUAGCAAUAAGUGCUUGGAGGCACCCCACUGCGCCAGGAAGCUUCCUGUGCAAAGGCACUCAUCUCUCUGGCUCCAUGAGUCGAGUCUAGCACCAUCUUGAGCUGGUCUCCUAAUUCUGCUGCUGCCGUUUCUCUCUGCACCAUCUCCAGUGUAACAGCACUCCUCACCUCCUUCUGAAUCCACUAUCCAUUCAGUUUCAAAACUGCUUCCACGUUUUAGGUGUCUGUUAGAGUAGCACCCCACUUUCUCCGUACCAAAUUCUGUCUUAGCUAUCUAAUGCUGUAUAACAGAAAUAACCACAGUUGGAGGGCUUCAACAAACAGAAGUUUAUUCCCUCACAGUCUAAUAGGUUAGAAGUCCAAAUUCAGGGCCUUAGCUCCGGGGAAAGGCUUUUUCAAUCUCGUAGAUUGAGUCCUGCCUCAUUAACAUAACUGCCUCUAAUCCUGCUUCAUUAACGUCAUAGAGGUAGGAUUUAUGACACAAGAAAACCACAUCAGAUGACAAAAUGGUGGACAGUCACACAAUAUUGGACAUCAUGGCCUAGCCAAGUUGACAUACUUUUGGGGGACACAAUUCAGUCCAUGACAAUUUUGAACAAGCUUCGUGCCUUAGCAGUGAUCGUCAGUGUGCUGUGAGGGAUUCGUUUUUGUGUUUGGUCCUCAACCCACAUCAUUAGCAAUUUCUCCAUAUCUGGUAUAGGUCCCUCUCACAUUUUCAUUAGCCUUGCAGCUUUCAGUGGAGCCCAUCCUAUAACAGCUUGGAGAAUUUCAUCUUUGUUUUUGAUGUUUCGUCCACUACAUGCUGUUCUCCAAUCAGGUUGUCUGAACUCUGUUAUAACCUUAUGGGACCAUGGACAUACACACAGUUAGACGUUGCCUGGACGGAUUUUAUGUGGUGCAUGACUGUAUAUACAUAUUAUAUAUUUUUAUAAACCUUGGAAUAUUUUAGCAUUGAUCUAUAAUUUAACUUCCCCUAUUUUUUUUUAUUGAUGCUUAUCCCUAAAAAUCUAAAGAACCUUUAAAAUACCAUUUCUAUAAGUAUAAGCCAAGUUAUUUUAAAAACGAACACAGUAACUUUAUGAAACACCUGUAUGUAGUAAAGCAAUGAAAAUGUCAUUUAAUUUCUGUCCACAUUUGAUUAGGGACUGUCGUUUCAAAGAACUAUUAGUAUACUUUUUUCCAUUAAAAGUAAUUUAUACUAAGUAUAGAAAAUUUGAAGAAUAAAGAAAAAAAUAACCUCA